AUGUCAGCUACAUGUUAUUCUCCAUAUUACAACAAUAGAUUUACCAACAAUCAUUGUUCUAAAUAUCAACAAUCCAAUUAUUUACAAUCGCUUUUAAAUGAAUUGUUAUCAACUCAAGCAAAAGAGAAUGUCCAAGCCACUCAGUCAGCUUCAGCACCAGUCCAAUCUCAGUCGACAUCUCCAAAGGAAUGGACACCAAAGGCAGAUUACCAAUUGGAAGAGGAUCUUGUCACACUUCAACUAGAGUUACCAGGUGUAAAGAAAGAGCAUAUCACUAUUGAUAUAAAGGAGUCUACUCUUACGAUCACUGGUGAAAAGAAAGAUACCAUUGCGAACGAUGAAAAAGUUGAAACUUCAUCAUCUUCCCCAUCAUCGUUGGUUGGAGAAGACUCCCCAAGAUUAGAAGAAGACAAUGAAGAAGUGUUCAACGAAAAGUCAGAUUCUCCCACCAAUAAUCCAGAUACAUUAAAGAAGAAAAGAGUAAUUAAUCACACAGAGAUUGUUUAUGGUAAAUUUAAAAGAGUAUUCCAACUUCCAAAGGAUAUCGAUUUGCAAUCUGCCACUGCCAAACUCCAAGAUGGUAUUUUGAGAUUUACAAUCAAAAGAAUUCUACCAGAGCCACCAAAGUCAAUUAAAAUUCAAAUCAAUUAA